AUGAGAAGUUCAUGUCGUUUUGAUGAGAACAGGAUUGUAUCUACUGCGAAGGCUAAUGAACCUCGUAAGGGUACAUUUAAUUGGGAAGAUGAAAAAACUAAAACAAAGGAAUUUUAUGAUGAUGGGACAUCGACCUUCUUCUGGAAUGCACAUACUGUUUUAUGUUUGAUAAUAUUCGCAUGUAUUCUCACCUAUGUUGCUGUUGCAGAAAAUGGAAAUUACUCCUCUGAAUACAACAUGAAACGUGGUAUUAGUGCUGUUAUCAUGGUAUUUCUUCUGUUCGGAGUUGUUCAUACGCCAGACGGACCGUUUCUUCGGCCUCAUCCUGCAUUUUGGAGAUUUGUACUAUGCCUUAGCAUUUUAUACGAGUUGAUCCUGGUCUUUCUACUAUUUCAGAGUGUGGAUGAUGCACGUCAGUGGUUACGAUAUUUAGAUUUGGAACUUGGAAAACCAUUAGAAGAAAAAGAUUAUGGGGAAAUUGUCGAAUAUACGAUUGGGAUACACCGAAUGAUCCAUGGCAUAAUAUUAUCUCAAAAAUGGAUGGUUUUGUAG